GACGGGGUUUGGCCACCUGAUUGUUGAUGACGGUGGCAGAUAGCGCAAUUGAGUUUGUGUUCAGCGGCGUGCGAUUUCUCAAACAGUGCCACAGGAGAAGAUAUGAACAAUUUUGGAUUCCCGCGAUCGCCUAUAAAAAAAACAAGAAUCUCGACAACGUAAACGCGAUCUGUUGACGAGAUACCAAUUCGUCGUAUGAUGACUGUAAGGAUUUCCCGAGACGCUGAUACAUUGUUUUGAAGGCCUGUUGCUAGCUUCUGGAAACCCUCGGGCUCCGCCGGUGGACUUCGGGCCGAGAUAACGCCACAGGAUUACUUGAGUAUCGGUCAUUUACUUUGGUCGAUGAUCAGUGGCGUUAUAAACUAAAAAGCCAAAGCAACACUGAACCCAUUCUACCACUGCAUGUCAGCGGGCUCCUGUGUUGACAGCUACCAGAAGCUAGCUAGCUAGCUGUCAGCGCUAGCCAGACACUGUCCACUGGGAGUUGGUGGAUUUGUUUAGCUUUGAAUGUCCGGGUUUGCCUUUUAAGUCUAGACCUGUGAUUAAUUCUCACUUUAGUGAACUUGUAGCUAGUAGCACCAGACAGCUGUCAACUUAGCGUUGAGUUAUGCUCAAUAGCUCAUCUCUUUAGAAUGCCAAACCCUGGCUAAACUGGAGAGAGACAAAGUAAGAUCAUCUACAAGACCGUGAGGCUAAUGAAGUCCAAAAGGGGAAAUUUUACUUUGAUGCCGUCAUUAGCACCACGUCAUAGUGUUUCACCUCUGACAUACAAAAGACUACUCCUCUGCUUUUUCUGAAACAAGCUCCGAUCAACCCAACACACACACAAUGAAUCGCUACCUGCCCGUAGCGCGACAACACUUCCUGGGCGCCUUGGCCAGCACCAGCGUGGUGGUGAAAUCCAUCAGUGCGGUGGUGCUCCUCCUCUACCUGCUGUCAUGGGCUGUGGACACCCCGUACGCCCUUGGCGUGACCCCGGGAUACCUCUUCCCUCCUAACUUCUGGGUCUGGACCCUUGCGACCCACGGGGUUGUGGAGGUGCACAUAUGGGGCGUGGCGGCCAGCAUAGGCACCGUCAUGGCCUGCGGGCGCCUGCUGGAGCCACUGUGGGGCGCGCUGGAGCUCCUGAUCUUCUUCGCCGUGGUCAAUGUCUCGGCCGGCGUGCUGGCCGGACUCUCGUACCUCCUCACCUACGUGGCGACCUUUGACCUGGGCUUCCUGUUUGCGGUGCGCGUCCACGGGGCAGCGGCCUUCCUGGGAGGGGUGCUGGUGGCACUGAAGCAGACGAUGGGCGACACCACCGUUCUCCGGGUGCCACAGGUGAGGCUGAAGGCGGCCCCGGCCCUGGCCCUCCUCCUGCUGGCCAUGCUGCGUCUCUCGGGGCUGCUGGAGGACGCCGCGCCGCUGGCCGCCUACGGCUACGGCGCCCUGUCGGGCUGGGUCUACCUGCGCUUCUACCAGCGCCACAGCCGCGGCCGGGGGGACAUGUCAGACCACUUUGCCUUCGCCAGCUUCUUCCCCGAGGUGCUGCAGCCGGCGGUGGGGCUGCUGGCCGGCCUGGUGCACGCCAUGCUGGUCAAGGCCCGGGUGUGCCGCAAGAUGGUGAAGCGCUACGACGUGGGCGCGCCCUCCUCCAUCACCAUCAGCCUGCCGGGCACGGACCCCCAGGACGCCGAGAGGAGACGACAGCUGGCGCUGAAGGCCCUGAACGAGCGUCUGAAGCGCGUGGAGGACCAGUCCGCCUGGCCCAGCAUGGACGACGAGGAGGACGAGGAGGACGACGAGGUCCGCACGGACACCCAGCCGCUCCUGGGCGGCGGAGGUCGGGAGCCCUCCUCCGCCGCCACCAAGCCGGGGCUAGGGGGAGGAGGAGGAGCCGGCGGGAGCCUGUCCUCCUCCUCCUCCACCUCCCUCGCGGGGGCGGCGUCCCAGGCCGGCGUCCAGCACCCAGAGUCCAGCAUCAUUAGCUUCGAGGACGCACACUCAAGAUCUUAACCGUACACACACACACACACAAACACACACACAACGGCGCCCUCGAACGGGCUCGCUAGAGCUUUUGAAGAGGAUAUUUAUACGAUUUGACGACAGACGAUGACUGAACACUAGUAACCACCUAUUGGAAACACGCCCCUGUCUGUGACUCGUUCACCUGCACGCGGGGGGGUCACACACGCAAGCACAUGCAUACAUGCACACACACUAGCGCAGACCCGAGUGCUCCUACCUAACCGCUAUGGCUAUGGAUGCCAUCCCAGUGAGCUUGAGACACUGUUUACUUGUGUGUGGCGACUCGGAUGGGCGGGGGAGGGUCGAUGUGUUUUCCGGCUCACCGUCCUGUAUGCUAUCACAGACCCUUCUGCAAUCUCCCAGUCCCUGCGUACGGCCCCGAACCAACCAGAAGACGUAUGCAAGAUCUCUUCUUUCUCUCCAAUUUUUUCAAAUAAAUGACUAAAUGGUUAGACAGCAUUUAUUUUUUUCAUUGAGUUUUUUCCCCCCCAGUGCCAGCCAAUAAGAGACUCUGAAUUUCAGAUUCCCCAGCUGUAAACAAAACAUGUGUUUUAAUAACCAGCUCUCGUCCUCGCUAACUGAGUCAUGCAGCUGCAGUAAGGCAUUUGGGUUUGGUUUGCGAAAGUGUGGACGGCGUGCUACGUUUAGAGAAAACAAUCCUUAAAUUAAACGGAUCAGGCAUCCGAUGUGAACCAGAAGCCUGGAGACACAAAACCAGGCAUCGGACUACUACAGGCCAGCAGCUUGCGUGUAUUGGCUGUGGUCUGUUGUCUGGGUCUUACCCAAAGAUUUCGAGUGGUGGAAAAGAAACUCUGGACUGGAUCCCAUCCGCCAGGACUGGAUUGAUCCCUGCUUUUUUUGUCGAUCAACGGUUAAGCGUCUGCCUAAAUAUCUCACUAUCUCCAUUUUGUUUUAGGUGAUCUUUCAACACUUCUUUUUUCUUCUCACUCUAAAGCUUAAUAUAAAAUAUGUAACACACAAAGCAACUUUCUGUUCACCGCAGGUGUACAGACCGAUGUGCACCAAUGAUCUUAUUGAAAUAUUAUUUUCCCAGGACUGAUUGAUACUGUAUUGUUUUCGUUUUUUUCGUCCCCGUUUCUGUCCGUGCUCGACUGUAUUUCCCACUAGUGAUAAGAUGCACGGUCUCUUCAUGAUGACAGUGAAGAAAGCCCACAGCUCCUGUGAGCUCUGGGGAAAACCAAUUCAUCUUUAGACUGACGGAAUCACUUGUUUUGUGUUUCUUUUGAAGGAAAUGUAGAAGCACAGAUUCCACCGAGCGCAGCCUGUGCAGUGUGUAGCACAUCCACUACUAUAAUUCAGAUGUUCAACCCACAGAAAUAAUCCGAUGUGGUUUUGUGUUCAUGUGUACACAAAUAUAAUACUGUUCUGGGUGUUUUUUAUUUUGUAAAUUCCUGGUGCGAAAAUAAAUAUGUGCAAAGAUGUCGCUCCUACACCUC